GGACUUUGUCCCUGAAGUGAUUAUAGAUGUCAGCGGGAGCUUUUAUUUAGCUGUCACCGCGCGCGAGACUCACUUCCUCCAUUUUGGGUGGAAUUAUGAUUGUUGUUAUUUAGUGUGCGCGUGCAGUCCGGCGGGUCCACGAGCGCUUUCACUUAUGACGUCAUGUUUACUUCAUGUACCGUGCUAACGUUAGCAUAAGCGGCUAACGGACUGGAGAAGGCGGAAACACCCUGAGGGAAAAAGUCUGUUAUUUAUAUUCAGUUUAUUUUAUAGGGAAUUUGUCGUUAUAUUGAGACACCACAGAUGAACGGAGCGGCGUUUCCGUCUCCCACAGCCGAAAUGGCCGAGAUGAACCGCAUCCACUACGAGCUUCAGUACACGGAGGGCAUCAGCCAGCGCAUGCGUGUACCUGAGAUGCUGAAGGUCGCCUCAUACGCGAGCGAGGAGAAGGACGGUAGCACCAAUCCAGGCCACGAUUUGCUGCACACGGCCAUGAUGCAGGUCCCCGACAGGAUCAUCAUAGCAGGAGACCAGGAAGACACACAGUUCUCCAGACCUAGAGAUCUGGAUCUGAUCCAGUCCACACCGCUCGAGACGUUGUCUCUGAAGACGCCUCCUCGGGUUCUCACCCUCAACGAACGGCCCCUUGACUUCAUGGAAAUGGAGCAGCCCAGUGAAGAGGUACGUAUGCAGACCAGAGCACGCAGAGAACGUUCAGUCAGCGAAAACGCAGCUGUGCGUCACAACGGCCAGGUGCCCAGAAACGACUCCUCUGUUUCUCCUCCUUCUCCGUCCACUCUGCGUGCUCUGUCGCUCCGUCGUCCUCCUGAUGAUGUGCAGGGUGUUUCUGGUGCACGCAGCGUUCUCUCCUUCCUCCAGUCCAGCACUCGUCGGGCCUACCAGCAGCUUCUGGAGGUCCUGGAUGAGAACCAGCGCAGUAAGCCUUCUCUCAGGGGAGGUUCCACCUCCUCUAACCUCCAGCAUGACAGCAGAUUUGCGCUGGACACGACUAUGGAAGGUGGAGAAGAUCUGGCUGUGGCAGACGCUACAGCUUUAAGGAGACAGAUCAUCAAACUGAACCGAAGGCUGCAGCUCUUAGAGGAAGAGAAUAAAGAGCGAGCCAAGCGUGAGAUGAUCAUGUACUCCAUUACUGUGGCCUUCUGGCUCAUCAACAGCUGGGUGUGGCUCCGUCGCUGAAUUAAACAAAUUAAAAUAAAAUGAAAAAACACCUGGUUUCACCUAAGCUCCGCCUCCUCGCUUCAGGUGUCAAACAUCAGCCCAUGUCCCAAAGCUGGUGAGACUCACUGCCUGCACAGGACGACUCCUUCAGCUACAGGACGCUCCUCUUCAUGUAGAUUUGUCAUUCUCUUUUUUUUUUAAACAUCGGCAUCAUUGCUCAAGGCCGCGCAUGAACCAGAUGUUUGUAUAAACAUGUAAAAGUGCAGGGCUUUGUGAUGCUGAAUCUCUCUCUCUAUAUAUAUAUAUACACAUACACAUAUAUAUAAACUAGUGUAGAUGAGACUCAGCAUCACAGAGCCCUGCGCUUGUAUUCGGUCAGUUCUCGGAUCAUCUUACACCUCUUUGUAUUCACAAAUGCACAACAAUACAGAGAAAGAUGAGCCUGUUGUGGAUGUCUGUAAUGUAUAAAUAUGGACCCAAGAAAUGUGGACACGCUCGUCCCAAAGUUCUGCUGAUAGCCGGAAUGAUAGUAUUUAAGGAAUGUUGUGACGAUCGCCUCAGAUUUCUGUAACGUCGUCGUCACGUCUUGAGGUUUUCCGUAACGUCCUGUCCUGUCUUUCUUGUGACGGAUGUAACGAUCGUGUUCAGAAUGAGACCAUGUUCAGAAUGAGACCAUAAUGAUGUUUUAUUAUUACUCUCUCUGUCAUCCAUAUGCGCUAUAACUACAGAGCACUUCUGUUUAAAUAAAGAAUAACGGUA